AGGGUUCGUCUGGGAGACGCCAUGAAACGCAAGAAUGAGAAAGACACAACAAACCCUAUCAGUUUGUGUAACAUUAUAUUCGGUGAGCCUGAGGAGAAGCUUAUCUUAUUCUUCUCGUUUUCACACGACGAGGGAGAUGAGUCUUCUUCUUCUUCUUUGGUACCCAAUUUCGAGAUGGCUCUUCCUGCUGUGAGCUUUAGUUUCUACUCAGGGUCUUGCGCUUCUUUACAUGGCAUUCUCGCUGUUGAAACUGAAGCGCCUCCGGUUAUCCUCCAAUGGGGGAAGCAAGCAGUGUUCAUAGAAUACAAAGGGAAGCUAGCUUCCAUUGUGGGAAACCCUUAUGGAGCUGUCUCUAGUACAAACAGGGCUGGUGAGAUCAUCAUGGCUCCAAGUUUGUUGUCAGUCAAUCUUCAACCCUUCUAUAUUUUCUACUACAGUGUUGAAACAAAAAACAUAAGAAGAGUUAGGCUCCUAGGAAUUGGAGACAGUGAAGAGUUUAGGCGCUCUUAUGGAUUCGAGGAGCACGCUAAAGCUUUUGUCAAUAUCGCACAUCAACACGUCGAGAGCAUUGCCUUCUUUAAGGAUCCUUUAAUUUAAGUUUGAUUCCAAGGAUCCUAAUGUAAGAGAGCAUGAACAACUCUGCGUUUUGUACCUUUUUAUUUUGAAUAUUUAAGUGUUGAAGGGAUUUUUCAACACCAAACAAUCUCUAUACUUUGUUAUCUUAUGAGGACUGAUGAUAAAUGCAGUUUAAACAU